AUGCCCAACCAGUUCGAAGCAGCGGAACGCAUCGCGCGUCGACGCGGACUGACCCGCGACGACAUCGAAGCCCUCGGUGUCCGCUCGCAGGCGCUGGGCCAAGCAGGCCUGGGAGGAAGGGCGUUUCGACCGCGAGGUUCUCGAACUUUCGGCGCCCCAGGUCGACAAGGAAGGAAACCUCACGGGCGAGACGAAGCUCGUCAAUCGGCGAUCAGGGCCUGCGCGAUACGACGGCCGGAGUCCCUAGCCCGACUGAAGCCCGUCCUCGAAGGCGGGAUUCACACGGCCGGAACGUCUUCCCAGAUCUCCGACGGCGCGGCCGCAGUCCUGCUCAUGGACGAGGACAAGGCCCGCGCACUCGGGUUGAAGCCGCGAGCCCGCAUCAUCGCCCAGGCGCUGGCAACCAGCCGUGUCCUGGAGAAGAGCGGAAUGAAGAUCGGCGACCUCGGAUCUGUUCGAGAUCAACGAAGCAUUCGCCACGGGCUCUCGACUGAUCACCACCGCACUGCACGAACCUCGAAGCGUCGCAACGGCUCGACGGCUCUGAUCACGAUGUGCGCCGGCGGCGCGCUGGCCACCGGAACCAUCAUCGAGCGUAUC